CGGCGAGACUGCCUCGCUGUAUCGCUCACCACUCGCAAACCCAUCUAAAUCUCACCCCCCAGCCACCCACCCCCGCACCACCGCGAUGGCUCCGGCGAUGGGGCUCAAGCGGCCGGCGGCGGCGGCGGCGACGGCCACGCAGACCAUCACGCUGCCCCCGCAGGGGGUCGCCGUGAGGGACGCGGUGCGCGGCGCCCUCAGGGACGCCGAGCUGCCCCCGAGGGCGCCGGCGACGCCGGCGCCGGCCCCCGCGGCCGCCGUGGACGGGGUCCUGUGCUUCGAGGAGGUGGAAGGCAGGCGGUGGAGCUACGUCGUCGAGGGCGCCGCGUCCUCCGCCGGGAAGACGGGGAGGGUCAGCGCCAGGGCCAGGGGCGGCUCCGCUGCGCCGGUGGGGGCCACCUUCAGGGCCGUGCCGCUCCAGUCCCCGCUGCCGCCCGCCGAGGAAAUUAUGUCCUUCAUAAGGUCAUAUGUUGUGCCUGAAGGUUUUCCAGACAGCGUGACUCCUUCAUAUGUUCCAUACAUGACAUGGAGGGCACUGAAGCAUUUCUUUGGCGGCGCAAUGAGUGUAUUUACAACAAGAGCCUUGUUAAACUCCGUAGGAGUCUCACAAAGCAGGGCUACGUCUGGUGCUGUGGCUAUUAACUGGAUACUCAAGGAUGGUGCUGGGCGUGUCGGAAAAAUGCUUUUUGCGCGUCAAGGGAAGAAAUUCGAUUAUGACCUAAAGCAGCUCCGCUUUUCUGGGGAUCUCAUGAUGGAACUAGGAGCUGGGAUAGAGUUAGCUACUGCUGCGUUCCCUCAACUUUUCCUACCGUUGGCUUGCAUGGCAAACGUUGUCAAGAAUGUUGCUGCUGUUACAUCGACCUCAACCCGCACACCGAUUUACAAGGCAUAUGCAAAAGGAGAAAAUAUUGGAGAUGUUACUGCUAAAGGAGAAAGUGUUGGGAACAUCGCUGAUCUGUUGGGCACUGGUAUGAGCAUUCUAAUGUCCAAGAGGAAUCCAUCAUUGGUGGCUUCAUUUGCAGUCUUGUCUUGUGGAUAUCUGCUUAGUUCAUAUCAGGAGGUGAGAUCUGUUGUGCUGAACACGCUAAAUACGGCAAGAUUCACUGUGGCAGUGGAUUCCUUCAUAAAGACUGGGCAUGUUCCUUCAUUGAAGGAAGGGAACUUAGAGGAGACAAUAUUUAAUCCGCCUUGGAGGCAUCAACCUGUGGCCAUAGGAUCAAGAUUUGGAGAGGCAUUUCAGGAACCUGCUUCAUUUGUUGCUACAAGGCCUUUGUUUGAGGAUGAGAGGUACAUUGUUACGUAUAACCCUGCAAAGGACAAGGUUUAUGCUUUGCUCAAGGACCAAGCAAAGCAAGAUGACAUUCUCAAAGCUGCCUUCCAUGCACAUGUGUUGCUGCAUUUUAUUAAUGCGUCACAUGCUAAUCUGAAAGCACGGAAGCGCAUGAACUCUGAUCAGGGGUCAUACCACUAUGUGAACCCAAACCCAUUGAACAUGGACUUUCUAGCACACAUUGAAGAAUCUUGCAAGAUUGUUACAUCGUCGUAUGGAGUAUUCAAGAGGAAAGCAAGAGAACAGGGAUGGAUAAUGUCUGACUCGCUACUGAACCCUGGCCGCGCCCGGCUGUGUGGAGUAGCACCAGUGAUAUAAGCAUUAUCAUUUGUCCAACAGGAUAAGAUAUUUCUUUCAUACAUUGGAUCCGAGCCUAUGUGAGCCAGCGCGUUAUUAGCACAGACCAACUUCAUUCAGUUCAAGUACUCGGCAUGCACCAAACUCUGGUGAGACUAGUAGGGAUAGUAGGCUGCAGCUUGGUACCAUCUCAACUCUAUAGAGCGGUUUGCUGGCUGGCUCAUGGCGAAGGGUCCUGCAACUAACUGAAAAGAACUGACUAACAGGCUCUUGUAUAUGCGUCUGGUAAUGUAUAAUGGAAACUGACAUCCGACCUAUUUGUAGCCGGUCUAGGUCUCUGUCGGCUGAGUUCUUGUAUCGAGUCUGACUGCAACUUUUUUCCCCCGGUAACUUUGCGGUGCUGUGGUUUCUCUUUGUUUCCGUGACUCCGGUUGUUGUAAAUGCCAGUUUCACCUAAAGAAGAGAUCUGUUUGAUUUCAA